AUUUAAUGAAAACAAAGUUUUGGAGCCCAUAUAAAGAGGAAGUGAAGAUUGGAGAGCUUUUGAUAAAGUCAGAAUUUUAGAAAAAGGGCAAGUUUAGAUAUUUAGGUGGAAGUGAAACAAUGAUAAUAAUAUACGAGGUUUCAAUACUAGUUUAAACAUAAGGACCCCCAAUUCAAAAAGCCCAAGAAGUACACAAUGAUGGACUUUGAUCUAAAAUUUGAGAUGAUACGAACAGCCCCUAAGAUGAAACCAGGAUGUUAGGUGAUAAAGCUGUCAGGAAGUGCUCGAGUCGAUUAGGUGAAGAGCGAAAAUAUAGAGAAACUUGGAGAGGCUACUGCAUUGUGGCUAUUUCGAGAUGAGGACCACAGAUAUGAGUUGGUUGCUCCAUCCAUGAUCCUCACACAAUGGAGAUGGUUCUUGGGGAAGAGGAUCAACUAGUACGGGUUCCAUCAUUUGUUCAAGGUUUUUAAGAAGAUUGGAAAGGGAAACUUUGCAUCAGUUUAUUUGGCUGAGAGAGUUGAGGAUGGGCAAUAGAUGGCUAUUAAGGCAUUUUCGAAAGGUGUGGCCUAUGCAGAAGAGAAUGGAAAAGAAGGAUUGAUGAAUGAAAUCAAGUUGAUGCGAUAAUUGGAUCAUCCAAACAUAAUCAAAUUGCAUGAGGUCCAUGAAACAACGAAUUCAUUAUAUGUUUGUUUGGAAUUAUUGGAAGGUGGUCAAUUAUAUGAGUAGUUGAAGAAAAAAGUCAUUUUUUCAAAUAAAGAGAUCUUAACUAUUAUUAAAGGAUUACUUGAAGGUACUUUUGAAUAUUUAUAUAAAAGGUCUCAAACAUAUUCAUUCCAAAGAUAUCAUGCAUAGAGAUAUCAAAUUAGAAAAUAUCUUAUUCAAAAAGCCAAACUAAAUAGAGUCUGUAUGUCUAGCAGAUUUUGGAUUGGCUACCUAUGUUCAUGAGGAAGUGUAUUUGUAUUGCAGAUGUGGCACUCCUGGGUAUAGUCAAAUUUAUUAAAAAUAGAUUUGUGGCUCCUGAAGUUAUCAACAUUAAAGACCUAACAACUAAAUAUGAUAAAGUUUGUGACAUAUAUUCCUUGGGAUUAGUAUUUCAUUUAUUAUUGACUGGGAAACCAGCAUUCACUGGACGUAGUUAUACAACUAUUGUGAAUCAAAAUAAGGAAGCUAAAAUACAAUGGAAAUCAUCAGCAUUUGACAUAAUUCCAAAGGCCGCUUUGAAUCUUUUAAAAAGAAUGCUAGAAACAGAUCCAAAAUUAAGAAUCACAGCAGAAGAAGCAUUAAAGCAUAAUUACUUCAACCCUUAUCAUAUUCCAAACAUAGCCUAAUUUGAAGAUGAAAACAUUGAUAUCGAUGAUAGUUGUCAACUGGAUUAGAGACUGCAAAAGAUUAAUGAUCUUAAUAACAAGUUUGAUAUGAUGCGUAUUAAUCAACUAACCAAUUCGCCAAUACGAUCACCAAAUAUUAGAGCAACUCAAACUUAGGCUAUGAAGGAGUAAAUGAAGGAAAGUGUUUAAUUGCAAGAACAGAUGAUUAUGCAUACUCCAGUUAUUACUGGAAGAAUAGAAAGUAUUGAUGGUAAACAUGUUCAAUUUAUUUUCAUAUAGAUUCCCCUGUAGAAGGGUCAAAAUAACAACAAAAAAUAAAAGAGGGAUUGUCUAAACAUAAGAGACAAGAAUCUUUGAAUUUCCUUCAAAAAUAUAAACAACAAUAACAGCAACCAGGUAAUGAUGAGGAUUCAUUGCAUCAAUAAGAAGAUUGUAGAGAACCUGCCAUUUAAUAGGUUAAAUAGAGUUUAAGCAAAAAUUUAUGAUCAA